CGAUACUUCAGAUGUUUUGCUCGUGUCGCGCGACGCACAGUCGCGGCGAUCCGGAUUCCGGGAUUUUCGGAUCAUGAGUUGUAGAUCGUUUGCGGCGGCCUUUUAAAGCCGUCGGGAGCGUCGAGGCGCAAGAGGCUACUGAUAAGAGAGAUUUCGGAGACACCCGACGCCGGUUCAAAUGGGUGACACUUCAAAGGGUCGUGGAUAAGGAACGAUCGUCAUUGUCAACUUGGUGACAUCGAGAUCCCAGGUCCCAUGGUGACGUGUUUUUCCACGUGCAUAGAGGCUAGAGGCCCGCGUAUUACGUGCCUCGAAACCUUUGGAAAAGUACGUACGAUACGCACAUAGCGAUUGAGAGAGAGAGAGAGAGAGAGAGAGAGAGCGCAUCUCUCUCUUGCGUGUCGCUGCGAGCCUACAGUCGUCCGCGGGCGAAAGACGGACUCGUGUGUGUGACGACUACGCGGUUGCGAUCCCCCGGUCCCCCCGGACGAACUUCCGUCGCCGGCUAUCACUCUGGGAGCGAGAUCGGACGGAGCCUGUGACAGAUCGUGAGUCUGGCGCUCGCCUUCCCUCCGUUGGCGGAACUCCGACGAAGGUUCGUACACAUCGAUCAGCAGAGCACGAUAGAAAAACAUAACGGAUACUGAACUGCGAUAGGAAAAAGAUGAAGAACGUCGAAAUACAUUCGUCUUCCACGAGUUCCUUAAAAACCAUCCUUAAGGAAGAUGCAAAUGUCUCUAAGCACGAAACUAUUGCGAAUCAAGCUGCAUUGGACAAUGUGCAGCUCACACGGAGCUUGCCUAAUAUUUUAAGAAGCAAUAAUACAAGAAAUCGUAAACAGUUUAGCAAGAUCGACACUUCCAGCGGAGAAGACGGAAAUACUUCUUUAGAAUUGAAUACGACAUUAUCCAGCGUUGAUUUAGAUAUGGAAGCCAAUUAUAAUAAAACCGCAUCACCAAAAUCGCAUCAUCAAAGGAAGCAAGUGCACAAUCCGUUGGACAUACAAUACGACAUUCCCGAUUGCAAUAAUAACAACAAUAAAAAUAAAUUGCAAAAAAUUAAUCAGUUGGACACAUUAAAUGUGCCACCAAGUCGCCAGAAUACACCAACGAAGAAAUUGAAGUAUAAUAACAAGCAGAAGAAACGUUCUCUGAAAAAGCCGAAAAAAACAGCUCGUAAAUCGAGCAGCCGAACAAAAGUGUCGCGUAAAAAGCCACGCAUUUUAGCCGCUAUUCCAGACCAUGUCAUUAUUCCAAGUAUGCAGAACACUAAAGCAAUGCAAAAUAAUAAUUUUUUGGAGAAUGAUAUACGUCUUCAGCCCGUUUACAAUCUCGAUUUUCUAAACAGAAAUGUAAAUGUUUUAAAUGACGUUGCAAUAAGACCAGCCGAGCCGAAUAACGUUUUCUACUGCAACAACAAUGGUUGUCAAUGUCACGAGGUUUGUAAUGUCGAAAAAGAAUAUGACAUAAAUCUCAACGAUGUUAUGUAUUGUAAACCAGCAGAGGAGGUCGACACACCGCAGCCUAAAACUAUCCAAAGCGAUUUUACAGACUACGAGUUUCCAACGACAGAGAAUAAUACGCAACGAAAGUCAAAGGAUACUUACAUUGGCUCUAAUUUUUUAUGUGAAUCCGAAAUCUUGUAUUCCUGUUCAUGUGCGAAUUGUAUGUCACAUGACACAGAUAUUGUAUUUUAUGAUGGUCCAGUUUCAACCUCUACGAGCAGCGACGACACGGAAGCAGGACUUCUCACAUGUGAUCUAUAUACAAGUAUAAACGACUUUUACAUUGAUAAUUACUCUCAUAUAUUUGAUGACGAUUUACUGGACGAUAUGCUCGACUUGGAAAAGACAAAUCUUUACUGCGGAGAUUUCGGCGAGAGCAGUUUUACGAAAGAAAACGCAUGUACUGGCAAUAAUAAUACAACCGAAAUAAUUGAAAGCGGCGGCAACGUGUCAUCCGAAAACCAAAGUGAAUCACAAAAUUUACAGCCUUGCCAUCUUGAUGGAAUACGAGAUACUUGUGCAGAAUCGUAUUCUAUUCCGUUCUCGGAACUUACGUAUCCCAGUGAAGCAGCAAGAAUGGAAAAUGUAAGUUUUGAUAAAACGGAUAUCUCCAGUUAUUUAAAUUCGGAAAGCUCUUCGACAAAGGAGAACAAAAUAAUUUCUCAAGAUGAAACUCCGAUUCAGAACACUACGUCAACUGAUGCAUCUACUUCCGGUUCGAAACGUCGGGCACCGAAAAAUAAAAAAGAUUUAUAUGUCAUCAAGUGUUCUCAAUGUGGAAAAUAUUUUAAUAAAAAGCAUCAGUUAUGGAAACAUUUUACUUAUUGCAACUUUUACACGGAGCAGUUUCACUGUCAUAUGUGCAGUAAAAUGUACAGACACAGAUCGUCAUUAGUAUCGCAUUUACGGUCAGUGCAUGACAUAGGACAUAGUGUGUCACAUGGCCGCCAAGAGAAGUUCUAUAUUUGUAACAAGUGUAACAAAUCAUAUGUUAGAUUUCGCGCUUUCCAAAGGCAUGUGCUUGUUCAUCACGAUUAGUAAGUCCAUUUGAACGUCGUUGAUAACUGAUUCCUAAUGUCACGCCCUUCAACUGAAAUUGCAAAAAUCAUACAUGAUAUGAACAUCACAGAAGUACGCGCGCGCGCACGCACAAAAGUACAACGUAUUAAAUAAUUUUCAUUCGACAUACAUAUAUGGUUUAACAAGUAA